AUGUCUGAAAUCAGAUUCAGCAAUCUCACUUGGGAUCAAGUUAUAACACUGCAUCAAGUGUUAGAUGAAGUAAUUCCAAUUCAUGGAAGGGGGAAUUUCCCCACAUUGGAGGUAAAACCAAAAGAUAUCAUUCAUGUUGUGAAAGGUCAACUGAUAGAGCAAGGAAUUAUUGUUAAAGAUACCCGAUUGAAUGGUUCCACAGCAAGUUACGUACUUGCAAGCCACAAUGGCAUGAGCUAUAAGGAUCUGGAUGUUAUUUUUGGUAUUGAACUACCAAGUGAUCAAGAAUUUCAGCUUGUUAAGGAUGUAGUUCUAGGUUGCCUACUCGACUUUUUACCAAAAGGUGUAAAAAAGGAAAAGAUCACCCUAAAGACUAUGAAAGAGGCUUACGUGCAGAAGAUGGUCAAAGUUUGCAAUAAGCAUGAUCGUUGGAGUCUCAUCUCUCUUUCAAAUAACGCUGGCAAGAAUGUAGAGCUAAAAUUUGUGAAUUCACUGAGACGACAAUUUGAAUUUAGUGUAGAUUCCUUUCAAAUUGUCUUGGAUCCCAUGUUAGAUUUCUACAGUGACAAAAGUCGUAAGCUAACCAAAGAAUUAUAUCCUGUUGUGGUAGCUGAAAGCAUGUAUGGAGACUUCCAAGAAGCAAUGACACACUUGCAGCACAAGCUUAUAUCUACCAGAAAACCUGAGGAAAUUAGAGGUGGUGGCCUUUUGAAAUACAGUAACUUGCUGGUUCAUAACUUUAAGCCAGUUUGUGAAGCAGAAAUCAAGACCCAAGAACGUUAUAUGUGUUCUAGAUUCUUCAUUGAUUUUCCUGAUGUAGCAGAACAGCGAAAGAAGAUUGAAUCAUACCUCUACAACCAUUUCAUAGGUGAAGAAAAGAGAAAGUAUGACUACCUAAUGACCUUGCAUGGAGUUGUGAAUGAAAGCACUGUUUGCCUCAUGGGUCAUGAAAGAAGACAGACCCUCAAUAUGAUCACCCUUAUGGCUUUAAAAGUACUUGGAGAACAGAAUAUCCUACCUAAUACAAGCAAGGUAACUUGCUUUUAUCUGCCUGCUCCAUACUUUGCUGCUGGGGGAGGGUCCCCUACGUAUUAUGUAACAUCUGGACUACCACCUACAUUGUUUCAGCCAUACCACCCACUACACUUUCAUGUGCCAAAUGUUUUGUGUAGCAGAACACGUUUUCUAAUUGCUUCCAUCAAGGCCCUCCUUGCUUUAUUGAUCAUUGGUAGAGUUGAUGGAGGAAAUUGCUUUAAACCAGGACAAACUGGAGCUGAUGAAGAUCAGGAAACUGAUAGAGCGCAAGGGCUUGAUGUGGAAGAUGGUGAUUGUAGGAAAGUAAACAGUGAUUGUAGAGUGGAAAAUUUUGUUGACUUCAAACUUGUUGAUCUUGGGUGUGGUGUAAUCAAAUGUCCUGUUGGUUGUGCAACUGAAGAUCUUGGCAACUGUACAACUGAAGAUCUUGAUGACUGUGUAUCUAAACAUCCUGAUAAUUGGACAAAUGUACAUCUUGUUGACUGGGCAACUGAAUGUUUUGAUGAUGGAAUUAAAGACAUUGAUGUUUGUGGACCUGAAGAUACUGAUGAUAGUGGAACUGAACUUUGUAGUAUUUGUGGAGUUGAAGAUAUUGGUAAUGGUGCAAUUGAGGAUGUUGAUGUUGGUGGAACCACAUAUUUUGGUGGUGGUGGAAGUGAAGAUCUUAGUCUUGAUGGAACUGAAGAUCUUGGUGAUUUUGCAACAAAAAGUCUUGAUUUUGCAGAUGAAGAUCUCACAGCUUAA